AUGAUCUGCAAACGUCACAAGGACCCAAUAGCAUCCGCAAUCUACAGUCUAUCUCCAUUUGGUCGAAUAUGUGUUGCAUUGUGUGCUGCUGUUCUUAUACAUCUCACUAUUGGAACGUAUCAUACAUUUGGGAAUAUGCUCCCUUACAUGGCAUCUUAUAUGCGGAAUAACACAGAUAGGUCAAUUCGUAUCGAGAACAUGAUGUGGAUUCCAACAUUUCAAGGAUGUUUUCCAUUUGCAAUGGUAAUUGGAGGAAUAACCACAAAUAUCUUUAGUCCACGAACUUCCGCUUUUCUAGGAUGUUUCCUUGUAACUUCAAGCGUAGCUAUCUCAGGAUACACAAUACAACAUUCGUUAUCAUUGUUUUUCAUUUCUUAUGGAUUGUUGUUUGGUCUCGGAAUGGGGAUUGCUUACGUUACAGCUGUCACGACUGUCAUUAAUUGGGCUCCUGAUAAAGUUGGAGUGGUUUCGGGAAUUGUUGCUGCAGGCUUCGGCAUUUCUUCAUCGAUAUUUGCACCAAUUCAAACCUGGAUAGUUAAUCCGAAAAACUUACCCGCAACAAAGGAUGGAUACUUUGUGCAACCGGAGUUGCUCGAAAGAGUUCCGCACCUAUUUAGAACUCUUGCAGUAAUAUAUGGAAUAAUGCAGAUGGUUGCAUUGGUGUUUGUCUGCGAUCCCCCAUUUCGGAUCCGACAUUCUGGACUCGGCUCUAUAUCCGACUAUUUGAUUUCGAGCCAUCGAGGCAAUGAUCGUUAUUCCUCUGUGUCCUACCGUCCUCUUCGACUUCAGGAAGAAUCGAAAUCUCGUUCGGAAGAAUCACUCUCCGAAACCGAAGAUGAAGAUGAUGACGAUGAAACUCCAGUAUUCAACAGCAACGAAGAUGAAAAUUUACCUCAAAUGACACCAUCCGAAAUGCUGCGAUCUUCGACGUUCUACUGUCUUUUCGCAGCGUUAUUUUGUUGUUCAUUUUAUGCGAAUAUGUUCUAUAAUUUAUACAAGACAUUCGCUGAGUCAUUCAUCGAAGACGAUUUCUUCAUUGCAAUGGCUUUUAGUGUGGGUUCAAUAGCCAAUGCAAUUGCAAGAAUUGGAUGGGGUUAUUUAACUGAUCGCACCAGCUUUCAGAUUUCAUUAUCUUCUGCAACUUGUCUUGCAACAUUCUUUCUUUUAACUAUGCCUUCAGCAAGCAAACUCGGGAAAUAUGUAUAUCUAUUAUGGUUAAUUGGUACAUUUAUCUGUAUGGGAGCGACACACGCACUAUUCAUCACCGCCACUGUAAAAUGUUUUGGAAAUCGUCAUAAAGCAAACAAUUACGGGUUUUUAAUACUUUCAACGACACUCAGCGGAAUUCUUCUAUCCGCCGUAUCAGAAUUUUAUCUGAAGUCAAUCGGUUACACAUAUUUGUUUAUUACAACGGCAGCUUUUCCAUUUUGCGCCUUCAUCAUCAUAUCAUGCAUACAAUACACACCGCAGGGAAAUCGCGUUGUUUAG